GUGAAGACUGACAGGGGCCCGGCAGCAGCCCCCGGGGAUGCCCUGGGCAUGGCCUCUGCAGCCCCGCAGCCCAGCAGUCAGACAGCAGAGGAGACCCCUGGCUUCGUGGACGCGUUCCUCCAUCAAUUCCCAGCCCCACUGAGCCCGGAGAGUCCUCUGCCAUGGAGGGUCCCUGGGACAGUCUUCAGCCAGGAGGAGGUGGAGGGCGAGCUGGCUGACCUGGUGAUGGGCCUCCUGGGCGGCAGGAGCGCUCCACCACCACUUGCUGCGUGUCUGGCCCACGAGGCAGUUUCCCAGCUGCUGCAGACGGACCUUUCUGAGUUAAGGAAACUGCCGGAGCAGGAGGAUGAAGACAAGGAGGAGGAGAAGGCCCCUGUGACCCUUCUGGACGCCGCUGGCCUGGCACGGAGCCUCUUCACCUGGCUCUGGGAGGCAUGCAGCCGGUGGCAGAAGCAGGUGCCCAUGGCGGCCCGGGCUCCACAGCGGCAGUGGCUGGUCUCCGUCCACGCCAUCCGCAAUGCCCGUCGCAGGAUGGAGGACCGGCAUGUGUGCCUGCCCGCCUUCAACCUGCUCUUCGGCCUGUCUGACCCUGUGGACCGCGCCUACUUCGCUGUGUUUGACGGUCAUGGAGGGGUGGACGCCGCAAGGUAUGCGUCUGUGCACGUGCAGGCCAACGCUGCCCGCCACCCGGAGCUGCCCAGCAACCCCGCAGGGGCCCUGCGAGCAGCCUUCAGUCGCACCGACGAGAUGUUCCUCCGGAAAGCCAAGCGAGAGCAGCUGCAGAGCGGCACCACGGGAGUGUGCGCACUGAUCACCGGGAAGACCCUGCAUGUGGCCUGGCUUGGGGAUUCCCAGGUGGUCCUGGUGCAGCAGGGGCAGGUGGUGAAACUGAUGGAGCCGCACAGGCCAGAGCGGCAGGACGAGAAGGACCGCAUCGAGGCGCUGGGUGGCUUCGUGUCCCACAUGGACUGCUGGAGGGUCAACGGGACCCUGGCCGUCUCCAGAGCCAUCGGGGACAUCUUCCAGAAGCCCUACGUGUCUGGCGAGGCAGAUGCGGCCUCACGAGAGCUGGUGGGCACAGAGGACUACUUGCUGCUGGCCUGCGACGGCUUCUUCGACGUGGUCCCCCACCAGGAUGUGGCUGGCCUCGUGCAGGGCCACCUGCUCAGGCAGCAGGGCAGAGCGGAGCGCGUGGCCGAGGAGCUGGUGGCUGAGGCCCGGGAGCGGGGCUCCCAUGACAACAUCACAGUUAUGGUGGUCUUCCUCCGAGACCCGCAAGACCUGCUUGAGGGCGGGGCCCAGGGAGUGGGCCUCUCAGAGCCAGAGACCAGCUCUCCACCGAGAAGCUAGGAGGUCCAGGCCCCCCGCCCCCUGUUGCCCUCCCCCUCAGAUGCCUUAGGACCCGACAGGAUUUGGGCAGCGGAUGCCACCCGCACAGCGCUUGCCCCACUCACCUCCCUCCAUGCUUGCGUCCGCCCAUCCUGGUGGCGUCCCAGGGGAUGGUGGGAUCUCCAGAGGAAGCCCAAGGAGGAGACCUCAGCGAGGGGAAGGGCCCGGGAAGCGGACAGGUUCUGUGCCCCAUUGGGCCAGGGUGGAACCAUGGGCUGCGGGGGGGGGCCGCAGCCAGACCAAAGACAGCGGGCAUGCACGUGGGAUAGCAGAACGCUGUGUGGGGGACUCUCGGGCAGAACUGGGAGCCACAGACAUUUUCAAGUGCCCUGGGCGCCAGCAAAGAUUUCCCAUCCGCCCCUCACUGCCCGUGCCUGAGAGGGCUUGUGGGGACAGAUGUGCCUGGCAGGUCCCGGUGCUUGGUGGGUCCUGGCCGAGCUGAAUGGCUUCCCAAAGUGGGGAGGGUAGCCUCGUGGGGAACAGGGGGGUGCCAGGGGUCCGAUGUGCAGUGCCCACCCGACAGUGACCUCCCCGGUUCCCUCUUGCCCCUCAUGGGAGGGGACGCUUGACAAAGACGCGUGGGUCUUGUUUGCCGUCUUCUUCUCCAGGGAAGAGGACGUCAGAAGCAGUAUUUCAGGUUCUGUCCUUGUUUAUUGGUGCCAAGAGGACCCACCGUGUCACGUAACUUAAACAGAGCUCAGCAUUUAUCUUAUUCUUUAGAAAAGCUAAGUAUUAUUUUUUGGUUUUUUUGAGAAACUUCUUUUGCAGUAUUACUGAAUUUUUUUCCUAAAUCAGGAUUGAAAAAACACUUUUCCAGGUGGUAUUAAUAAGUGCCUUAAACAGCUUUUGGUGAGGCUGUAACUGCCGGGCCCGUGACGGAGUCCCAUAGCAUGUUUCACUUUUUACAAAAGCAGGAUUUAUUUUGUCAUAGUGGCAUGAUUUUGGCCAGAGUUCUGCCCAGAAGAGUUCUUUCUACCUUUGUGCUGUGCCAGUGAGAGCGAGGGCUAAGCUGAGUGGCUAGGGAGUCAGUGACUGUGGCCCUGCCGCUCACAUCUGUGAUUGGACCCCAGGCGGAGGGACUGAGCUCUGUUGAGUGGGCAGGUCCUUACUGCUAUUUGGAAUGUUCCAGAAGGUCUUGUGUGUUGGUAGCUAAAUUGGUUUCCUCCAGAAACAUGCUUAAGGGGCCACGCGAGGCCGAGGCAGCCUGUGGGGCUCGGGCAGUAUUUCCAGGCAGUGGGGAUGACGCUGGGAGUCUGUCCCACCCAGGCUGCACCCCCUCCUGGGUUCUUGUGGCCAGUGGCCUCCUCUGCCCGCAGCCCACCUGCAUGCGACAACCUCACGGCCCGGUGGACCUUGGGAAGGUGGAGCUCAGUGGCCAGGUGAUCAGGUGUUUCUCCAUUUAACCUGAAGGCCCAGCUCUCUGGGGCCCAGAGGUCCCCUCGUCGGCCCCUCCCAGCACAGGGACCCAGGGAGCCCAGUUCACCCGCUGCGAGGGGCUGGCCUCAAGCGUGCACCUAGGCCCAGAGCCGGUCUUCCCUCUGGACUGGGCAUGCUCAGCCUCCACCAGUCCUGGCCCUGGUCUGGAAACCUCGGUCCCCUUCUCAAGUCCCAGCUGCAUCACUAGGUCAUGUCUUUGCACCUCCCUGGGCCUCAGGGUCCCCUCUGUAGGGCGCAGGGCUGCACAGAGUCUGUGCAGCAACGGCUGGCAUUCUGGAGGAGCAGGGUCGCUGGACGAGCUGGGCGACCUGGGGUGGUGUUGCCAGUGCUGAGGGCACCCUCGCCAGCAGGGAGGGGUGAUUAAGUAUUAUUAGUGUCUAUUCUUAACAUUAAAUGAACUGGAAAAGAAUCACUGGUGCCAACGCCUGCCCUGUACGGAAUAUGAGAGCCCAAGCAAGCUUCCCAGGUGGAGCUGAUCCCAGCCAGCAGGGCAGGGGAGGCUGGGAGAGGGCAGGGCGCCCACCUUCAGGGUCAGGCUCCCAACCCACUGAAAUCCCAGGGGCAGUUACAGCCUCCCUGGCCUGGCCCAGCCCAUCCUCAGCAUCCAGGACUAGGAGCUGGGCGUUUAGUGGGGAGGGUGACGGGGGGCAGGCCCCAUGGGAGAAGCACAGACUGUCUGGGGUCCUGAGUCAGCUUUGAGCCACCCCUGCCCUCCCCGGGGCCAGCACAUGGCCCAUCCUCGCCCUUUCCCUUGCGACUGGAGCUCCAGUGUGGACGUGGGUGUCCUGGCCACCUCAGCAGUAUUCCUGGGGUGAUGGGGACAGCUCCACUGCUCCCGGGCCCAGCCCCCAUCCAAACCACAGGGAAACCAGGCGGGCCCCGUGCCAAGGGAGCUGUCAGGUUUGAUCCUGGCUACAGCCCAGAGCAGGGUAGCCAUGGGGGCCUGCACUCUGCCAAGGCUCCAAGGGUUUGCCAAGUGCGGCUGUGGCCCUGCCAAGAGUUCUGUGCAGUCUCAGUGGGCUUCCUGAAAGUGGUGUUCUGUGCGGGGUCGAGGGGUUCUUGUUCCUAGAUGGGGUGGCUGUUUCCCCACUCGACAAGUCCCAGGGGUUGCUGUGCUCAAGUGUCAAUAAACCACGAGCUCUGAACCCUGUCA